AGAUAAUUGACCAUUUCUUUAGGGUACCAUGGGCAAUUCUGGGUUUAUUCCAUUCUUCACAAUGUUUAAUAGUCUUGGCGUUGUCACUCUGGUGGUGUUUCUAGUCUCGGAUACAAAAGCGCAAGUUACCGUAAGCCAACCGCCGUCUGUUUCUACUGCCCCGGGAGGAAAUGUCGAAAUAUAUUGUACUGUGAGAGGCGUCAGUUUAGGAAAUGCUGAUAUAGACUGGUACCAGCAGAAGUCUGAGGAUGCUCCCCCUCGGUAUAUUCUGCACCACAAUUCUCAAACUGUAAGCAGAGGAUCCAGUACUCCAGGUCGAUUCUCGGGCAAAAGUGACUCUUCAACCAACACCAGAUGUUUGACCAUCAGCCAGGUCCAAGCAGAGGAUGAAGCGAACUACCACUGCGCCGUGUGGGUAGGCUCCAUCUCUACCUAUGUUUUCGGGACCGGGACGAAACUGACGAUAUUAACCCAAGAAUUGUCCAGCCCCUCGGUCUCCCUUCUCCCGCCGGCGUCCAAGCAGAUCACUGAAGGAAAGAUGGCGACUCUGGUCUGUCUGGUGAAUAAUUUUUUCCCUGGAUCGGUGGAGGUUUCCUGGAGUACAGACGGCAAGGUGGUGGAGACUGGAAUCCAGACAACCCGAACCGUCCGCGACAGCGGCAACACCUACAGCCUGAGCAGUUACCUCACCCUGACCGCCUCCGAGUGGAAUUCACAUGAAGAGUACACUUGCGGAGUUACACACGAGUCUCUCGGGUCUCAGUUGAAGCGAAGCAUCCAGCGAUCAGGCUGCGAGUAAAGGAGAGGCCGCCUUCCCGGUGGGCGCUGUUAUUUAAGAUCGGGGAGGACAAUACGUUAUUCACAAUGCAUUCCUUUCCACUGCUAUCUUGCAAAUGUCGGGACAAUUAAAACGAUUUCGUUUUUGUUCCUUUCACUGUAUCUCGUAUCUUAAAUGUAAUAGAAAUGGCUUCCACAUUGAUUAAUACAAUCACAUUUCAUUCACAA